AACAUAACAUCUAAAAACCAAUAUAUAUAUCAACAUAAAAUUUAAAUAAUAUGAAUUAAAUAUUUUUAAGCCUAGAAAAAAUAAUAUAUCAUUAUCAAAUAACCCUUCAGCAUUAUCUUUUUUUUUUUUUUUUAAAAACUAUAUUCAGAAAUACAUUUAUUUAUUUUAAAAUAAAUAUUCAACAACUUAAUCUGAUUAGAAAAAUAUAUACGUUAUCAAAACCAAUAUAUUUUUUUUAAGAUUAGCGGAAAAAAUUAUACAUAAAAAUGGGAAAACGUAAAACAAAAAUGAAAAGACCAAAACCUAAACCAAGAGCACCUCUAGAUAAAACGUUUAAUUGUUUAUUUUGUAAUCAUGAAAAAAGUACGUUAAUCUGUAAAGUAUGCGGACAAACACAUCAAAGUAUUAUACAUAAUCUUUCAGCACCAGUGGAUAUUUACAGUGACUGGAUUGAUGCUUGUGAUGCAGUUGCAAAUAAAACUAAUAGGAACCUAACACAAGAGUUAAAUCUUAAUAACAAUGACUACAAUAAUUAAAAUGUAUUAAAUAUAAAUAAAAAAAUUUAACAUUAUUUUUUUUUAUAAAUAGUUAAAAGUCAUGAUCAUGUAGGAAAUUACAUAAACAUAAUUUCAAUAAUUUUAUUUUUUUUAAAUAGGGAAAUCAAAAGGAAUGUUUUAAGUAUUCAAAAUACAUCAAAUACAUGAAUAAUUAUUGUUUAGCUCAAUAUAUAAAUUGUAAAAGUACUAAUAUUAAUCAAAAAAAGCAUUAAAAAACAUUACACUCAAAAACAAAUAUAAAAACGAGCAUUAAUAAAGCAUAAAAAUAUAUAUUUUUUGUUUUUUUUUUUUUUUUUUUAUGAUAUAUAUAACUAUAGAGUAAAAAUAUUCAUGUAAUAAAUAAAUAAAUAUAAAAUAACGUCACAAUCACAUA